CACCCAUACUGUUAAGAUCACCUGGGAUCUCAGGAACGAAGACUCAAAAGAAAGAUCGCAAAAGGACUACACCUUUCUACGCAUGAAAUUUUGAUUUACUAACCGGGAUCCAGGCAUGGUGUUAGCUUCAGGAUCAGGUGACGAGGGAGCCCGGCGCCUGCUGCUCUCGCUUCUGCUCCUCGCAGCCUGGGAAACGGGGAGCGGCCAGGUGCGCUACUCGGUCCCCGAGGAGGCCAAGCACGGCGCCUUCGUGGGCCGCAUCGCGCAGGACCUGGGGCUGGAGCUGGCGGAGCUGGUGCCGCGCCUGUUCCGCGUGGCGCCCAAGGGCCGCGGGGACCUUCUGGAGGUGAAUCUGCAGAAUGGCAUUUUGUUCGUGAAUUCUCGGAUCGACCGCGAGGAGCUGUGCGGGCGGAGCGCGGAGUGCAGCAUCCACCUGGAGGUGAUCGUGGAGAGGCCGCUGCGGGUUUUCCACGUGGAGGUGGAGGUGACGGACAUUAACGACAACCCGCCUGUGUUCCCUGAAAAUAAGAAAAGAAUAAUUAUUGCAGAAUCUAGACCUCCGGAAACUCGCUUUCCACUAGAUGGCGCAUCCGAUGCAGAUGUUGGAGUAAACUCAGCCUUGACUUACCGAAUCGAUCCUAACGAUUAUUUCGCUUUGGACACACAAAACAAUCGUGAACAAACGUCUUCGUUAUCACUUGUGUUGAGGAAAUCAUUGGACAGAGAGGAAAUUCAGGAACAUAGGUUAUUAUUGACAGCCAACGAUGGAGGUAAACCUGAGCUGACGGGCACAGUUCAGUUGCUGAUCACAGUUCUGGAUGUGAAUGACAACGCCCCAGAAUUUGACAAAUUCAUUUACAAGGUGAGAGUUUUAGAGAACGCAGUUAAUGGAACAUUAGUGUUCAAGCUAAAUGCCACAGAUCCCGACGAUGGUAAAAAUGGAGACAUAAUCUACUCAUUUAGAAGGCCUGUGUCACCUGCAGUGUUGAAUGCAUUUAUCAUAAAUCCUAACAGUGGAGAAAUUAGGACAAAAGGUACACUGGAUUUUGAAGAAAAGAAAUUUUAUGAAUUAUCAGUGGAUGCACUUGACCAGGGAAGUGUUCCUUUGGCGGGUCAUUGUACCAUUUUGGUGGAAAUACUAGACAUAAAUGAUAACGUCCCAGAAUUGCUAGUGACUUCGCUGUCGCUUUCCGUUCCCGAGGAUGCUCCACUGGGGACCGUCAUCGCCUUGAUCAGUGUAACCGACCGUGAUGCUGGUGUCAACGGGAAAGUGACCUGCUCACUAGCACCCCAAGUUCCCUUCAAGCUGGUGUCCACCUUCAAGAAUUACUAUUCGCUGGUGCUGGACGGCGCCCUGGACCGCGAGAGCGUGGCGGACUAUGCUGUGGUGGUGACCGCGCGGGACGGGGGCUCGCCUUCGCUGUCGGCCACCGCUAGCGUGUCCGUGGAGGUGGCCGACGUGAACGACAACGCGCCGGAGUUCGCGCAGCGCGAGUACACGGUGUUCGUGAAGGAGAACAACCCGCCCGGCUGCCACAUCUUCACGGUGUCGGCGCGCGACCGGGACGCGCAGGAGAACGCGCUGGUGUCCUACUCGCUGGUGGAGCGGCGGGCGGGCGAGCGCGCGCUGUCGAGCUACGUGUCCGUGCACGCGGAGAGCGGCCGCGUGUACGCGCUGCAGCCCCUGGACCGCGAGGAGCUGGAGCUGCUGCAGUUCCAGGUGAGCGCGCGCGACGCGGGCGCGCCGCCUCUGGGCAGCACCGUGACGCUGCAGGUGUUCGUGCUGGACGAGAACGACCACGCGCCCGCGCUGCUGCCGCCCGGGGCCGUGCUGCUGUCGCUGGUGGACGGCGGCCAGGCGCCCAAGGCCUCUGUGUCGGCGUCUGCGGGCGCCGCGGGCUCGGAGGCGGCGCUGGUGGACGUGAACGUGUACCUGAUCGUCGCCAUCUGCGCGGUGUCCAGCCUGCUGGUGCUCACGCUGCUGCUGUACACGGCCGUGCGGUGCUCGGCGGCGCCGAGCGGGGGCGCGUGCGGGCCGGGGCAGCCCAGGCUGGUGUGCCCGGGCGCGGGGGGCAGCUGGUCGGCCUCGCAGCAGAGGCGGCCGCGGGUGUGCUCUGGGGAGGGCGCGCCCAAGACGGACCUCAUGGCCUUCAGCCCCAGCCUUCCUCCUUGA